AUUCAUCCCAGCUAUUACUCACGUUUGUGAUUUCAACUUUGCAACUUCCUUAUCGAUUGAAAGUGAAUUAAUCCUUUGUAUAUCUUGUAUUCGUGUUUAAUUAUUCAAAGCUCCUCAUUUUUUCACUUUCCUCGUUGCUUUCACGUUAACUUUGUACUUGGUAGUGUGCUGCCAUAAGAAAAGCGCAAUUGAGGUGCUUGUAGCUUGGAAAUCAUCUAUAUCAUGGCUGGAUAUAAUGAGUUAGUUUCAAUUCAACGAUUCAAUAUUCAGUCUCUUAAGUUUAUAUCGCAAAACGGCAAUGAGUUAUUGACCGUCCAGUCCUCAGAUUCUUCUUUUUUUAACUCAAAUUAUCGGUUUUCGCGUUCGAAUCAUGAACCAGUCGAGUUCAUUCAGAUUCGCGAAGAAGAAGGACCCAUGGUUAAAGUCAUGGAAGAAGAAGGUCUGCGGAUUUCAUUCGAGUUGAGUAUACGUUCUUCUGAAAAUAAACGCGACCUUACAAACUUGACUUUUAUUCAUGGUUCCUCCAUGCAGGAAAUAGAAAGGCUAAUAACGCGUGAGUUUUCAACAGAUGCAAACUUCCAAAACCAUCAUCAAGUUAAUUUGGUUGGCGAUGUUUCAUUUGCCCUUAAUGAAGAUGAACGGUUGAUUCAAUGGGAUUGGGAGUACAGUCCUUAUAAUUCCCUUUAUUAUUAUAGUAGCGGAUGCCCUAACUACAUAUGCUUUGCCGAAUAUGACAAACGCUUGAAUCGCCUUGUACCUUUACAAACCUUUCAAUUUUGGUUAGUAGAAUCUGAGCAAGAUUCACCACCGGCAACCCCAAGUUUCAGCCUGCGACUUGCUGAGGACGGCACGACUAGUCCGGAAGUACCUGAACAGCAACCAGGAAUAAAUGCCGCUGAGCAAAACCCAAUUCAAUCACCCCCGCUUUCGAAUGUGAAUCCGGCCGCCAGAGAAGUCGACCAAACAGAACCGGAAGAUGGUCCUCUUUUCCGAGCUACAAUCCUCAAUUUUGAGAGAACAACGCACGAAAUGCGAAUGGCUAUGAAAAAACUGAUUAAACGUACUGAACAAUUAGCCCAAUCACAUGGUAUGUUGUACAUAUGUCACAAGGAAUUUGUUGAUGCCUUCGAACGAGCUGCAAAAAUCAACCCACCAGCCUUUAAGCCAUUCCUUGAUUAUUAUUAUCACUGUUGCGCUAAAUCGAUGGAUAAUCUUCAUAUUGAUCGAGCUCAUUUGCUGAGAAACUCGUUAAUAGAACCUCUUCGAAGGAUUUACGACAAUGAUAUUAAGAAUGCAUAUUCCAAAAAGAAAGAUUUUGAGGAAACAAGUCGUGAUUAUUACACUUCCUUAACUCGUUGGCUAUCGAAAAGUGAAAAGGUUUCUUCCGCUGACAAAGCCAAAGAAUCAAAAUUUUCAGCGAAGAGAAGGGAUUUUGAACUUUCAAGAUUUGACUAUUAUUCUUAUAUGCAGGAUAUCAAUGGAGGAAGAAAAGGCCAGGAAGUUUUAUCUGCGCUCACCUCGUUCGCUGCCAGCGACUAUAACCUGAUUCAUUCUUCUAUGGCGGAGAUAGAUUCAUCUCGACCAAACAUCAUAAUGCUACAGGAUGUCGUAAAUGAAGCCAACAAAGAGUUUUUGUUGCUUCGAGCUGAGCGUGAAGAGAGAAGAAGACUUUUAGAAACGAGUAGUCGAGAGUUGGAUGAUCAGGAGGCAGAAAUUGCGGCCCAGGCUUACAAAGCUAAGAUAGGUCAAGAUACAGCUGCCAAACAAGGCCUUCUAUUGGCUUUUUCUAAACCAAAUAGUGAGUUACAAAUGGUUUCGAAAGCCGGGUGGCAUAAGUACUGGGUAGUUUUGGAUCAUGGUAAAAUCUGCGAAUAUUCGAACUGGAAACAGUCGUUAGAACUUCAUGAAGAACCUAUAGACUUAUUAAUGGCAACAGUGCGAAUUCCACAGUCUUUUCCAAGAAAAUUUUGCUUUGAAUUAAUAACUCCCCAGUUACGACGGGUCUACCAGGCAACUUCGAAAACGGAAAUGCAUUCUUGGGUGGAAGCUAUUCAAUAUGCUAUUAGCGAGAGUAUUUCACUUAAGGGAAGACGACACUCUGCUUCCGAGGAUUCCACCUAUAAUAAAUAUGAAUCAACUUCUACAAUUGGUAAAGCUUUACAGAGGGUUGCUUCGGUUACAUCUCCUGGACGGUACAGCGGUAGUGGGGGAGACUCAAAGGAAAAAAAAACACAAAAACCGAUUUCCCUUUCAAAGGCGGUAAAAGAAUUGCAAAUUAGUGACCAAUAUUGUGCUGAUUGUCGCUCUAGUUCACGAGUGGAAUGGUGUGCUAUUAAUUACCCAGCUGUGUUGUGUAUAGAUUGUUCAGGAAUCCAUAGAUCUUUAGGGACUCAUGUGUCAAAGGUACGGUCACUAGAUUUAGACAAGCUAUCGGGUGAAACAGUCGAAUUACUACGAGCCACUGGAAAUCAAAUGAUAAACGAAAUUUACGAAGCUGGACUUGGUGAACCGAAUGCGAAAUCGAUAGAAACCCAUGAGGAAAGGGCAUCAUUUAUUAAAGAUAAAUAUGUACAUAAGGUUUAUUUCCGGGCUAUAGUGGAAUCAGAUGUAAAUAUUGCAUUCUUUAAUGCUGUUGAAAGAGGGGAUCUGAAAAAAGUAAUUCAAUGCAUCGGACAGGAUGCUGAUGUUAAUUAUCGGUCAGCGAUCGUUGUAUCCCUUCGAAAAGGCAACUAUUUAAUUGCCGAACUAUUGAGUUUGAAUGGUGCGUUCUUAAAUUUUAAUGAAGCUACUAUGGAUACGCUUCCAGCGCGGGCGCAGGCGUACCUAAUGAGUAGAUGGUCAAACUAAGCAAUAUUGAGAGAUUUCUUGUUCUCGUGUAUGGAUAUAGUUUUAAUUUCUGAUGAAUAAUAUGAUGUUGACAAGACCUUUUUUUCUAAAUAAGCUAGUAAGAGUCUAC